AUGGCUGCUGCCACCCUCGCAUACAAUGUCGAUAAGCACAUUCGGCAGUCAGCAUCUUCGAUAUCAUUUGCCACUCCGUCAAUUUUGACGCAGGCAUGGCAUCUUGAAACGGAUCCACGUUUCGCGUUCGCGCGUAUAAAGGGUGAUAUCUGUCUGGUUCAAUUGCAUCCAAUCAAAUCCGAAACGUCACGAGAGUCUCUAGGGAUUCUCGUGUUUCGACAUGAAUUUGUGUCCAUCUUCCAGUACUCGCAUGACCUACGUGUGUCCCCUGAGGACAUUCGUAUUCUCGAGCUUCUUGACGAAGACCGGAUACGCUAUGAAGAAGACAGUGGGACUGUAUUCUUGGCAAAAGAUCUUAUGGCUCAACUUCGAAGGAUAAUUGAUGCAAGUAAUAUGAUUAGAUGGCGGAGGGGAAGACUCGGGCCCAGAAGACGGUCAAAUUAG